AUGCGUGACGUUUCUACUUCCGAGGAGAAUCAAUACAGCACUCUCACUAGCGAUGAGAUCCUAAAGCAUAGAAGCGAUGCGGACACAUCCGGUGAAGACGAAAAAUAUUACAAAGAGGAGACAGUCAACAUCAUUGACACCAAUGAUGUCGAACCUUCUAGUGACGAGGAAGACCAUGAUGACAAACAUGAGAAGUUUAAGAGAAAGGGUACUUUCGCUUAUCUUUGGUACAGAAUUGUUGACUUCCUUGAAGUUAAGCAAAUCGAUGACGACGGUAAAGUCACUGAAAGCCAAUCUGUCUUACAGACUUUCCUUUACAACGACGAUCUAAAGCCUGUGGAUAAAGCCCGUAGAGUAUGGACAUGGAAGGAGUAUAUUUUUUUCUGGAUCUCUGGUGCUUUCAAUGUUAACACAUGGCAAAUCUCAGCUACUGGUUUACAACUGGGCUUGAACUGGUGGCAGACUUGGAUCUGUAUCUGGGUUGGUUACUCUUUUGUCGCCGUAUUCCUGGUUGCAGGUUCUCGUAUUGGUAACAUCUACCACAUCUCCUUCCCAAUCGCUUCCCGUGUUGCUUUCGGUACAUAUUUCUCUAUUUGGAUUGUGCUGAACAGAGUUGUGAUGGCCUGUGUCUGGUUCUCUACUCUUGCUUACUUAGGUGGUGACUGUGUUCAACUAAUGCUGAUGUCUAUCUUUGGCAACAACUUGAACAAAAAAAUGGGUGACACAAUCCCAAACCCAAACCUAACAAACUUCCAAUUCAUGUGUUUUAUGCUUUUCUGGGCUGUUUCAUUACCAUUUCUAUGGUUCCCACCACAUAAACUACGUUUCAUUUUUGCAAUCAAAUCUGCCAUCACUCCUUUUGCUGCAUUUGGUUUCUUAAUUUGGACCUUGAAGAAGGCCCAUGGUCAUUUGGCUCUAGGUUCCUUGAAUGGAGGUGAAAAGAUUAGUCAAAGUGUCCUAGCUUGGUCCGUCGUGAGAUCUAUCAUCAGUGCUCUAGAUAACUUUUCUACUCUGAUUUUGAAUGCACCAGAUUUUUCCAGAUUUGCCAAGACUCCAAAAUCUUCCAUUUACUCACAAUUAUUCAUUCUACCAAUCUGUUAUGCAGUUAUCUCUCUUAUUGGUAUUCUAUCAGCUUCCGCAGCUUACAAACUUUACGGGGUUAACUACUGGAACCCAUUGGAUAUCCUAAACAGAUACUUAGAACAUUACACAAGCGGUAACCGUGCUGGUGUCUUCCUAAUUUCUUUUGCCUUUGCAUUCGAUCAAUUAGGUGCUAACUUGUCCGGUAAUGCCAUCCCAGCAGGUACUGAUAUGACAGCUUUGCUACCCAAAUUCAUCAAUAUUAGAAGAGGUUCAUACCUAUGUGCUUGUAUUGCUUUGGUCAUCUGUCCUUGGAAUUUGAUGGCCUCAUCAUCUAAGUUCACUACUGCCUUAGGUGCAUACGCAGUCUUCUUGUCUGCCAUUGCUGGUGUUAUCUCCGCUGACUAUUUUGUUGUAAGAAAGGGUUAUGUCAAUGUCUUCCACUGUUACACAAACAAACUAGACUCAUACUAUAUGUACAACAGAUAUGGUACAAACUGGAGAGCAGUUUGCGGUUACAUUGUUGGUAUUGCUCCAAAUUUCGCGGGUUUCUUAGGUUCUAUCGAUGUCCAUGUUCCUAUUGGAGCAAUGAAAGUUUACUACCUAAACUACUUUAUCGGAUACCUAGUUGCUGGUUUGGUAUAUUUGGUUUUGGUUUAUUACUUCCCCGUCAAAGGUGUUCCUCAUAAUGCCAAAUUAACUGACAGAGUUUGGUAUGAAGAGUGGAUUGAAGUUGAAGACUUCCGUAACCAAAGAGAAGCAUUUGAAAAGUAUGGAGAUGCUUCAAUGUCAGAAUCUAAAUUAUCUGCAUGA